CAAAAUAUUUAAUGACUACACUCAGCAAUCAUCUAAAUUUCAACAAAAACUAUAUCCAUUUAUACUUGAAAUUCGAGAUGGUAAAGCAUCAAUUAAAGAACUUGAGGAUUAUUUUCAAUCUCUCGGUGACUAUUCACAAAGUAUUGAACGUGUUAUUCAAGAAUAUCAACCUAUUUUAUCGAAAGGAAAAUUUCUAGAAACAUUACGUCAAGCACUCAUUCAAUACGUUGAUGUAUUAGAUUUAACUAAGGAAUUCGGAAAAGAUAUGACAAACGAGAAUCAAAAUUUAUUCGAACAAGCAAUUUCAACAAAAUACAAAAGAUCUCCGUACGAUGAAAUAUAUGUGUUUAUUUCAAGGGAUAAAUUAAAAUAUGAUGAUCGUGGUAAUGAGAAUUAUCACUGGAGAGAAGAAUUUGAUAUAUUUAAACGGAACAACAAUAAUACGUUAACGGUAUGUUAUAUUUAUGCUGAUUUUAGCAACUAUACAGUUGUACAACCAGAUGAACCUUGCAUACAAGCUUAUGAUAGAGGUUUCAUCCCACGAUGUUGUUGGAGAAAAACGGUAUAUGUGUCACGACAAUCAGAGUACAUAGCAAGUAAUGUUGGUUUUGAAAAUACAAAAGGUUCUGGUAUAGGAGGAUCCGAUUCAACAUUAGAUCAUAAUACAAUCCACUCACCAGUUUCAUCACUGGAAACGAAAGGCAAUGAACCGCAUUUACAAGAAGAACAACAACGAAUCAAACAGCCUGCAUCAAACUAUCAAUCCACAAGUCAACAAAACAACCUCUCAUUGACAGAACAUAAACAAAAACAUACUCGAAAUCCAGAUGUCUUGAACAAAUCAGCUCAAUUUCAACAAUUAGAAAAAACAUUUGUCGAUAACCGACAAGAAGUCGAAAAACAGUCUUUAUUGUCAUUAGAUGAAAGAAAGCAGAGAACAACUAAACCAAAUCAAAAAUCAUCUGUGCCAAAUGUAGCAGAUAGAACAAAGUCAAAGGAAAAUUUGUCUUUGUCGUAUCGAACUAAAGGCGAGCGUUCAGCGAGUGAAAUAAGUUACAAACCACAAGUGCAAGACAAAAAAGUUAGAGAAUUAGAUAGUAAAGAACGGAAGGAAGAAAGACUAGGUUCAAAAGACAAUUUAAGUUCAUCGUGUCCAAGUAAAAUUGAUGGUAGUCAGUUGCUGUACGAUAAGCUGGAAAAACAAGGGGAAGGUAAAUUUCGUGGUUAA